AGACACACACACACACAGGGACCUACCAGCAGCAGGGACAGAGUGUGGACGGAUCAUGGACUGGACUCAUGUCAUGUAACCUUCUAUGCUGUGGAGCAGUUUGUGGGGAAUCCUGUGACAAUGACAGAUGGAGGAGGAGGAUGUGUGCAGGGUGAGGAGGAGGAAGAGGAAGAGGAGGAGCAGACAGUUUUGUCCUGGGGCAGGGGAGUCUGUAAGUGGUUUAACGUGCGAAUGGGUUUCGGCUUCCUGUCCAUGAAGAUCAGGGAUGGAUCUGCUCUGGAGCAGCCGCUCGACGUCUUUGUCCAUCAGAGUAAACUGCACAUGGAGGGAUUUCGCAGCCUCACAGAAGGAGAAUCAGUGGAGUUCACCUUCAGAAAAUCCUCUAAAGGACUGGAGUCUGUCACAGUAACUGGACCUGAUGGAGCUCCGUGUUUGGGGAGUAAGAGAAAAGCCACAAGUUCACAGAAACUACGCACAAAGGCCAACAGAUGCUACAACUGUGCAGAAGUCGGUCAUCACGCCAAACAAUGUCAGGUGCCUCCUCAGCCAAAAAGGUGCCACUUCUGCCAGAGUGUUUCCCACAUGGUGGCCAGUUGUCCAAUCAAAGCACAACAACAGCAGAAGCCGCAUCAGCAGCAGCAUCAGUGAUGAGAAGGGAACGUGACAACAUGACAAUGAAUGUGUUGAGAAGCAAAGCCUUUGCUCGUCAACAGUGGUGCGGAAAAUAAAUGGCACAAAAUUUGGAGGUGAGUUUUGACACUUAACUUGACAUUUACACGGUGCUCAGUGAGUUACUCAGGGGAGGAAAAGAAACACGAAAGUUUAACAUUGAACUGCCUCAGGACGGACUUUGUGGUGUUUUGAAGAUCUGAUGGUAAACAGUCACAGUUUACAGUGCUAUUUUAUACACACAUUCUGAUUUAUUUAAUCUAAUUUUUUACACAGAAUACCCUUCAUAUGGACUCUCUAUAAACAAUAGUGAAUUAUUUGAACUAAACAAAUGUCUUGAGAUAUGUACACAAAAAACACUUAUAAGACAAUAUUUGUGCUAUAGUGCUAUAUUAUCCACUUUCCUGUGGGAAAGAGCUUCUUUCAAAUGACAUCUUCCAUUAGAAAGAACAUUAUUUCAUCACACACACGUAAAGUAUGACAGAAAAACAAUUAGUGGUGAAUUUUACAUCUUAAAUCUAAGUUGCCAUUUCAGAAUUUAAACUUAUAUGCAAGACCAGUAUUGAUUGUAUGACAGGCUUUUGUCUGCAUAACAGUAUUUAUCUUCAGGGAAGGUUCAUACAGUAUAUCAGAGAUUUACCUUCUCAGUUAUUGUACUUGAUGGAUUGAGUUGAGACAUAGACUUGUUUGGUUUUUGGUGAACAGGCUUAAUGUACUGUACAUAGAUAUGAUUUUUUUUAUAUGAAGUAUCCACCUCUCAGUUUUGUCUAUGUAUCUAGUUUAGGCCGGAAAAUGUACAACUAAAUUAUGAAAAGGUUUUACCUCUUAAAUGUCACAGUGUCUCCUGCAAUUUUAUUUCUUUGGAAUUGUUUAUUGACAAUAUAAUUUUUGUCCAACUUUAUUGUACUGUCAGCACAGUAUUUCACUGCAAAGUGUUGUUUUAUUGCCUUCAUAGUAAACUCAGGGAGACCUUUGUCUUUAUUUAUUGCCAAAUGAGCCUUGCAAUAUAGUUUUAUCUGCCAGCGGUGACAUAAAAAACAAUCAACUAUACAUAUCUUUUAGCAUUAGAAUUUGGCUAGAGGUUGUACUUUACUUUGAUAUUUCACCAAAUGAACUAUUUCAAGUACAUACUAAUAAAAAGCUGCACAUUGAAGAACCAAACUUAUUUUUGUAGCCAUUUAGUCACCUAGGAUACAGCCAAAAAGUCAUAGCUAUACUGGUUAGUUAACCAAACAGGGUAGAAAAUGUUCAGGAUAUUUAGGUUCAUACUUGAAAUGCGCAGUUCAUUAUCUAUAGUGCUAAAGAAAUACUUAGUUCAGGUUAGCGCUAACUGUGCUGCACCUGUUAGCAGCUUGAGACACAGAUUCUGUCUCUCACUGAAAACAUGGCUGCCAGUUAGCGGGACACAAA